UAUUUUGCUUCUUGUGUGUGUGUGUGUGUGUGUGUGUGUGUUGUGAGUUGCGGUUGCAAGUCAAAGUCAAAGUGGCAAGAUGACUCUGGAUUGGAUUCUGAUUGCUGAAGUCUAGCUACUCGUUUUCAUUUUAAGUGUUUUCGAAAUUUCGUCUGCCUUUAUUAACAUGCAAAGCUUUCAACUACAUUAAUUAGGAUAGGCAUAUUCAUUCCAAUUCAGGGUUUGGAUUCUCGAAACAAGAGCAUUCAAUUUUGUCUACUUAUGUGAGCAUUUUUCGAUAUAAAUUGUACCUGAAGGCUGAAGAGUGCUUACUAUUGAUAUAGGUUCAUAAAAGUGUGCAUUUUCUUCCUUACAAGGAGCAACCUAUUUAAAAAGGCGGCCAUGUCGGCCCGCUGGGUGGCAGUGUGCCGUGCCGGGGCGGCCGGCCGCGGCCUGCUGCUGUACCCGGCCGUGCGCCGGCGGCGGCCCGCUGACCUGGUGCUCCUGCUGGCGCCCACCAGCUCCGGCUACCGGCCGCUGCACCUGGGCCGACCGCGGCUCGACAAGGAGCUGCACCGGCCCUCCUCCAAGGUGGAGGAGUCGGUCGAGUCGCUGCGCAGCCAGCUGAAGGACUCGUCCGAGCCGCCGCCGGGACCCCCUCCGCCGCGCGAACCGCCGUCCCAGGAGCGCGUGCCGUCCGUGAUCGUACAGGAGCCCAUCGCCGAGAAACGGCUGGCCGUGGAGCCCAAAGAGCCGCCGCGCAGGACGCUCUGGAUCCGGUUCGUCGACGAGGUGAAGCACUACUACCACGGCUUCAAGCUGCUCUUCAUCAAUAUAAACAUCUCAAGAAGGCUCAUUUGGCGGGUACUGAACGGAGAAAGCUUGUCCCGACGAGAAAAUCGACAGCUGGUGCGCACUGUCGGCGAUCUCUUCCGGGUGCUGCCCUUCUCCGUGUUCAUCAUCAUCCCGUUCAUGGAGCUGCUGCUGCCCGUCUUCAUCAAGCUGUUCCCCAACAUGCUGCCGUCCACCUUCCAGACAGCCAACGCCGAGGACGCCAAGAUGAAGCAGGUGCUGAAGGUGAAGCUGGAGACGGCCAAGUUCCUUCAGAAGACGCUGGACUCGAUGGCGCUGAAGGGCAAGGGUCACUACUCCGACUCGGCCAGAGAGUUCGCAGACUUCUUCAAAGAGAUCCGGACGUCGGGCGAGCAGGCCUCCAACGAACAGAUCCUCAAGUUCUCGAAGCUGUUUGAGGACGAGGUGACUCUCGACUCUCUGGACCGGCCGCAGCUGGCGGCUCUCUGUCGGGUGCUGGAGGUGCCGCCGUUCGGCACCAACAACUUCCUCCGCUUCCUCAUACAGAUGAAACUGCGAGGACUGAAGGCCGACGACCGGAUUAUCCAGCGGGAGUCGGUCGACACGCUGACCGUAGAGGAGCUGCAGGCGGCCUGUCGCGCCCGCGGUAUGCGCGCUUACGGAGUCUCCGAGCAGCGGCUGCGCUCUCAGCUCUCCCAGUGGCUCGACCUCAGCCUCAACGAGAAGGUGCCGCCGUCGCUACUGCUCCUCUCCCGAGCGCUGUACCUGCCGGAGAACCUGCCUACCAGUGACCAGCUGAAGGUCACCAUCUCCAGACUGCCGGACGCCGUGGGUACGGCGACCCGCGCCGCCAUCGGCGACAGGGAGGGUCGCGUCGACUUCAAGACGCGCGUCGACGUCGUUAAGGACGAGGAGCGCAAGAUCCUGGAGGAGCGCGCCGAGGCGCGCGCGCUGGCCGAGGCAGCCGCGCAGGAGCGGCUCCAGGCCGAGCAGGCGGCGCAGGAGCGUCUGCAGGCGGAGGCCGCGGCGGCGGCGGCGGCGGAUACGGCCGAGCCGGUGCGGGACGCGCCCUCCACCACGCUGGUGGACCGCGCCGCGCCGCUGCCAGACAGCGCGCCGGCGGAGAGCGAGCUCACCUCCAAGGACGUCUCCGAGCUGGAGGGCGCGCUGGAGACCCUGGCAGCCACCCGGCGACGGCCGCUGCUCGAACAGGAGGAGCUCGAGGACAUCAAGGAGGAGAUGGCAGACUACCAGGAGGACCUGCAAGAUCUGCGCGAUAUCAUGCACAAGGCUGGCAAGGACAUGACGGACCUGAAGGAGACACGUGCCGCGCGCGGCCUCCAGUACAGCGUCAACCGCAUGAUCCGCUCACUAGACAAGAUGGUCGACAAGCUGCAGGCCAAGGAGAAGAAACUGCAGGUGGCGCAGGCCAAUAGCUUCGACGCCAAGCGCAGUGACGAAGAGGUGGGCAUUCAGGAGCUAAUCCAGACUCUACAGCACAUCCAGUCAGUGCCCGACAAGACCAAGCUGAACACGAUGGCGCACGUGCUCUCCAAGAUGGAUGACAAUCAGGACGGCUCGAUACGCGUCGAGGAUGUGUAUGAUGUGCUCGAGCUAAUGGGACAAGAGAACCUGAAGCUGAGCAGCAAACAGAUGGAGGAGAUUAUCGAACUGCUCGAUCGAGAGAAGGUGCUCGACCUCGAGCGCCGAAUCGAGAAGGCGCUGCAGAAGGAGGCGGAGGACAUUGCCGCUGCCGCUGCUGCCGAGGCUGCCGCCGCGCUCGAGAAAGAGAAACAGGAAGAGCAGAAGCAAUAGCGCUGUGCUGGGAGCAUCUAGGACGAAUGGGGACGGGACGGGAGGGAGGGUAGGAGUCAAUGAGAUUGUAUGCGGGGAUAGAAAAGCGGCAUUUGUCGCUAACGAGUAGCGCACAUUGUUGAAUCCGUACUUGGAGAGAUAUGAAUUGUUUAGUGGAUGGUUGGCUACCAUUUUGGGUUCAAAUGUGUUGAUACAUGCCGACUUUUUGGACCCGGUAUUGCCUGAAUCGGCCUGUCUCGGCUGUGUUGGUCUGGCCAUGCUACUGUUUGCCUGUGAGGGCACCGGUGGGGUUGCGGGCUGCGGACGAUCCUGCCAGCCGCGCGUGCAAUGGUCUCGUCGGGCGGCUGGUCCGACCGUCGUACUGGGGUUGCUGGGGAAGAGGGAAUGGAGCGAUUGAGAUGCUGAGACUCCAUACGGCGGGGGUGGGCGGCGAAGGCCGACCCGGUUGUUACGUGGUUCUGGUACCGAACGUCAAGUGAUGAAUGCGCGAUGAGAACUUGUUGCAGCGCCGCGGAGGCAUCUAGAUAGCUCGGCGAAUUAGGAAAGCCGGAGUCGCCUUCGCUGGUAGGGGCCUGUAGUCGUGCGCGUCCGCUAAGUUAUGUUUAUUUAACCGUCUUGUCUACCGCAGUGCUGAUUAUGUGCGCCAGUUUGAGUUGAAGGGCGUGCGGGCGUGGCCGGGCGGCGCUCCGCACCACGGCAUCAGAUGAGGGUAUUGCACCUACCUCGUGACCGCCGGCGGGACGUCAAUACCGGCCUCCCAGACCAUGGCUCCGGCCGCGGCAGUGAUUCCACCCCGGCCCUGCGAACCGCGGCCGACCCGCCGCUAGAAACUCCUCCGCCUUUGGUACGCUUGUUCACGUUUGUCGCCAAAGUCCGAGAGUUUCCUUGUUGCUGUGUAUGUCGCCGAGGCUCUGGUGAAUCGGUAGCCUUCUUCGGUGGCCGACCGCCGCCGUUCGCGGCGCUAACUCGUCGACCCAUGUCUCGCAGACUGACUGGAUACCAGGGAAAAUACAAAGACUGCGAGAUAAACAGCA